AUGACCGCCCCGGGCCCCGUUCCGCCCCUUCCGCGCGUCCUGUUCGGGUGCGCGGAGGCGGAAACGGGCGCGCUUUCCCGCCAAGCGGCGGACGGCGUGCUAGGGCUCGGGCGGGGGGCGUACAGCCUGCUGGCGCAACUAGUGAGCGCGCGCGCAGUCGCCGCGGAGGUCUUCUCCAUCUGCUACGGCGGAGGGGGAGGCGCUGCGGAAUCCGCGGAACUGGCAAAAGGCGCGGGGAACGGGGGGAGUGGCUGGGGAUUGUGGCGGCGGAAGGGGGGGAUGGGGAGUGGAGGAGGGAAAGUCGGGGGAGGGGCGAGAGAGCAGGGGGAAAUGGGGAGGUUGGGGGGGGAGCGGGGGGCGAUGAUCAUGGGGCCUGUGGGGCUGCGCGCGCCUGCGGUGAUGCAAUACACGGCGUUCGACCGCAUGCGCGUUAGUGAUGCAGUGCAGUACACGGGCUUCGACCGCAUGCGCAUCGGCACGCCCUUCUAUCAGGUGGUGGUGAGUCAAAUUCUUAUCGGGGGAGAACCGCUCCCAGUGGAGGACGCCCCGCUGCUCUUCUCCUCGGGCUAUGGCGUCGUCGUUGACAGCGGCACCUCCUUCUCCUACCUACCCGCGCCGCUCUUUGAGGCGUUCAAGCACAGCGUCAUGGCGCGCGUGGCGAGGGGAGUCAAGAUGCUGACGGACACAGAGCCGCAGUACCAGAGCAUGUGCUUCCGGUCCACCUCCUGGACUGCUCUGCAAGCCUCCACGCUGGCGUCCUUCUUCCCGUCAGUGGAGCUGGUAUUUGGGGAAGGCGCCAUCUACCGCCUGGACCCCGAGAACUUCCUCUUCCAGCACCGCAAGCGCAGCGGCGUGUUCUGCAUCGGGGUGUUCCCCAACCCCGACCAGGGGACCAUUCUUGGCGGUGAGUGGCUGCACUGGUACUACUCACACCUACCCACUCUUCCAUUCCACCACCGCAAGCGCAGUGGCGUGCUCUGCAUCGGGGUAUUCCCCAACUCGGGCCAGGGCACCAUCGUCGGCGGUCUCAUGUUCCGUAACACCAUGUUGACCUUUGACCGGGUCAACGAUCGCCUGGGCUUCUGGAAGACCCCCUGCGACCAGCUCAUGACCCACAUUGUGUCGCCUGGCGCGCCUGGUUCGGAACCAGGUCCGGAGCCAGGUUUUGGUGCAGGUUCGGAAUCUGGGUCUGGAUUAGAGGAGGAAUUAGGCUCGGAUAUACGGCCUGCAGCAAGGACAAUGAAUCCGUUAGGGAGGGGCAGGGAUCCUCGGGACCCGUACACAGAGGAGCAGGCUCGGUCAGGCGGAGGUUCGGCAGCAGGCUUGGGUGCAGGCACAGGUGGACCCAAACCUGACGAGGGCACCCACCCAAGCAGCAUGACCACACAGGAUGCCACUACAAGGGGUGUGCCUGCAAGGGAUGUGACUGUAAGAGGCGACAGCAGCAGCAGCAGUGCGAGCAGCAGAAGCAAGCGGGCGCCGGAUGCAGGGCCAGCAGGCAGCGACGACGACAUGGCGAUGGUGUGGGCUGUGGCGGACGCCAUGCCGUCGUACCGCCCGGUGGACUCCACGGGGUGUGCGGGGUGCGCCAGCCACGUGGACAUGGAGCUGCGGUUUCCGUUGCUCUCGUCCGCACAGCUGGACGCGCUGGAGGGGCAGCUGACUGAUGAGCUGAUCCGAGAAUUAUUGCUGGAGCCGGGACAGGUGAGGGCACAGGGGGGCAAGGGCAGGUAUGGGCAGGGGGGAGCAAGGGGUGGAAAGGAAUGGGCUGGUGAAGGGCAGGUGGUGAUUCAGAGUGUGUGGGGCACGAGUCCCAGCGGGGCAGCAGCAGAGGUGUGGCUGGUGCCGUAUGCGGGCACCACCUUCCUGCCUGCCAUCACCGUGCAGCGCGUCAACUCCACCAUCAGCCAGCACGCCAUGCACCUCUCGCCUGCGUUUGGGCCCUACAAUCUCAGCUCAUUCAACGCGCCGCCUCCGGACUUCUCUGGCAGCGUGGCUCAAUCCCAUUCCAAGCCGCAGCUGCGGUGGCUGUGGUUCCUCGUGGCAAUCCCCCUCUUCCUCCUCUGCAUCGCUGCUGCCGUCUGGUUCCGAGUGGGGCGAAAGGAGGGGGAAACUGAGGCUGGGAGGAAGAGAUUUGUGACGGUGGGAAGGCGAUUGCAGCAGGAGGCAAUGGAGAGUGAGAGAAGUGAGAGGAUGGAGAGGCAUGAUAGAAUAGAGCGGUUUGAGCGGCAUAAUAAGAUGAUAGCGCUGACUGCCCAAGGGUCGGGCUCAUCGCCGAAGCAGGUUCCUGGGUUUGGGUUGAUGAGCGGGAGUGUACAUUGA